UUUUUUUUGAGUUGUGAUCUCCAAAUCAUGUGGCUCGAAGACUAUGGACAAGAUGAAUGCAGCGUUCGCGUGCGGCUAGAUUGAGAGUCCGUGUUCCGAAAGCAUUUCUCGGCACACCGCAAUACUCAGGAAUCCAGUCCUGCCGCGAAAGGUAGUUGAGAGCUUACCGAGCAUGCAACAAAAAUAAUAUCAACAUGUUCCUCUCAGUCACCGGUCAGGGGAUAAAAGAGUGUAUUUGGGUUAUCCAGGCAAACCAUCGGCUGAACGCACCAUGCCACGAAUAGAAAAUGUAUUGAUUUUAGCCACGAAGACUAAGAACCUUAAGAUAGCAGCAACCUGUCUCAUCCCAGAAAACAGCGAUAUUUCGCCUCCUGUUAUUGUCAUGGGCCAUGGUUUUGGCGCUGUUAAAGCAGCUGGGCUUUUUCCAUUUGCAGAAAGAUUUGUGCAGGCCGGGUAUGCGGCUGUGAUGUUUGACUAUCUUUACUUUGGCGAGAGCGACGGCACGCCAGUAAAUAAAUUAUCAAUUUCACGAGAGUUACAAGAUUACCGAGAUGUGAUUUCUUGGGCCCGGGAACAAUCAGGGAAAUGGGAUACCAGUCGUGUUAUUGCCUGGGGUACUAGCUUUGGCGGCAUGCAUAUUACAGCACUCAUGGCCGAAGACCAUGACCUGGUUGCUGGUAUUAUGCAAGGCGCUUGUGUGGACGGUUUUGCGGCAGCCACGAAAAAUCCAAUACUUAAGACUUUGCGACAAUUACCUCUGUCCCUCUGUGACUGGGUACUCUCUCUGUUUUCAUCAACAAGGGCGAUAUACGUCAAAUUAGUGGGUAAUAAAGAAAACAGCCUGACCACUGCAAUGAUGUCCGGGUCGGAGGCCAUGGAAGGAUGGCAGAGGCUCACAAAAAGCCUUGAUUCAGAAUUUAUGAACAAAGUGACUGCUCGCACGAUUCUGAAAAUUCCGUUUUCACGACCAAUUAAACAGAUUCAUCGAAGUACCAAACCGCUUUUGGUGAUACUGACGACAUGGGAUCAUCAGGGACCGCUACACAAGGCGGAAGACGCAGUGCGUUUAGCACCUCACGCGCAAGGAUUCAGAGUUCCGGGGGGGCACUUCGAUUUGUAUGAAGGAGGUGUUGCUUACGAACAAAAUAUUACUCGACAACUUGAAUUUCUACAAGAAGUCUCGGGUAAUUCGAGAAUGAAUCCAUCAAAAUGCUGAGGACUUCUGUAUAGUGGAGGAAGG